GGAGGAUUCCGCUGUCCUGAGCCAUGGCGUGCUGCCUGUCGGAAGAGGCGAAGGAACAAAAACGCAUCAAUCAGGAGAUCGAGAGGCAAUUGCGGAGGGACAAGCGGGAUGCCAGGCGAGAACUUAAACUCCUGUUACUCGGUACGGGCGAAUCCGGCAAGUCCACCUUCAUUAAGCAGAUGAGGAUCAUCCACGGUUCCGGCUACUCGGACGAGGAUAAGAGAGGGUUCAUCAAACUCGUGUAUCAAAACAUUUUCAUGGCGAUGCAAUCGAUGAUCCGGGCGAUGGACCUCCUGAAGAUCCAGUAUGGCGACUCCUCGAAUAUAGAAAAAGCGGAACUCGUCCGGAGCGUAGACUUCGAGACAGUGACGACGUUCGAGAGCCCGUACGUGGAGGCGAUCAAGGAUCUGUGGGCGGACGCCGGUAUACAGGAGUGCUACGAUCGCAGACGGGAAUACCAGCUCACGGACUCCGCCAAGUAUUACCUAAUGGAGAUAGAUCGAGUCGCGGCACCUAACUACCUCCCAACAGAACAGGACAUUCUUCGUGUGAGAGUGCCCACCACCGGUAUAAUUGAGUAUCCCUUUGACUUGGAAGAGAUCCGAUUUAGUUAUCUUAGUGACCUAGACCGUAUCGAAAAGCCUGAUUUCCUUCCGACCGAGCAAGACAUCCUCCGGGCACGAGCUCCCACCACCGGCAUUAUAGAGUAUCCGUUUGAUCUGGACUCCAUCAUAUUUAGGAUGGUAGACGUCGGUGGUCAGAGGUCCGAAAGAAGAAAGUGGAUCCAUUGUUUUGAGAACGUUACUUCCAUUAUAUUUCUAGUAGCUCUAAGUGAAUAUGAUCAAAUUCUAUUCGAGUCGGAAAACGAGAAUCGAAUGGAGGAAAGUAAAGCACUCUUCAAAACGAUUAUAACAUAUCCCUGGUUUCAACACUCCUCGGUUAUUCUGUUCCUCAACAAGAAGGAUCUGCUGGAGGAGAAGAUUAUGUAUUCUCAUCUCGUCGACUAUUUUCCGGAGUACGAUGGUCCACAGAGAGACGCCAUAGCAGCUAGAGAAUUCAUCCUGAGGAUGUUCGUUGACCUGAAUCCGGACAGCGAAAAGAUUAUUUAUUCCCACUUUACGUGUGCCACAGACACGGAGAACAUCAAGCUCGUGUUCUGCGCCGUUAAGGAUACGAUCAUGCAAACCGCGCUCAAGGAGUUCAAUCUCGCUUAGAAGCGCGCGAAUCACCGCGUCAGGCGUCUCCGCGGCCGCCGCGCGCAGAUUCCCAUUGCGACAUUGGUCCGUUAAUCUCGGAUGCGCCGAGAAUCAUGCAGACUCGAGCCACACACGCAUUCGCGAAACGAGACGUAGUAUAUAUUGAGAAAGAUUAGGUCUCAAGAUUGCGCGAAUUUUGUUACACAAACUGCAAAUCGAAGGAAAAUCGAAAGAGAAAGAGAGAGAGAGAGAGAGAGAGAUCAAUGAUGUGACGUAGGAAGUUUAAUUAUUAAUUUAGUUUAAUUAGCAGCAAAUAAUUAACGAAACUGAAACUAUAUAUGUAUCAUGUAUGAUGUUCCCCCGGCUAUCAAGAUUGAUUAAAGUGCAAAAUCCGAGUAAUUUUAUCUCCGAUAAAAGGCGCGAUUAAAUUUCUCUUCUUUUCCGUUUUGAUUGUAUAUCUUGAGAGUUUUUUGUCUUAUAUCUCAUAUUUUAUCUUUCUCUUUUAUAUGUUAUUUAUUUUAUCUCUUAUUUUCCAUCCGAUGAGAAGAUCAAUACGAUCGCAAUAACGUUUCGGAUCACUUCAUGAUCACCCCGCUGAGCUAAAUAGCAGCCAGCCAGUUACUUUCGGCCACUUUUUGUCACCUUUUCUGCCAAGGAGCGAUGGCUGUUUCACUCUGUCGUCCCCGGUGACUGGAUGGCGGCGCGCGAAAUUGCGAUAAUUUCCGCGCACGCAAACACAGGCAGAUUAAAAGACACGAGAAUUUCGCGCGAGAGAAUCGGGGCGGAUUAGUCGGCCGUACGCAACUUUGAGAUCGAGUUCGUUUAACUCGUUGCAUCGAUCCUUCCAUUUUCGUAGCGCGCGAUAGCCCGGUCUGCAGCUGUAAAAGUAGUAACGAUCGAGGUGAUGCCUCUCGACCAGACGCAGACUGCAACGAAGAACGGCUUGUAGGCGUUCCGGCUGGUUUAUUUGAUUUGGGAAAAUUUAUGGAAUGUUAUUAAGUUGUUUCUCUUCGCGCGCACUUCUCUCUCUCUCUUUCUCUCGCUAAAGUUAACUUCCUCGCGGCUCGAGUCUGUGUCAUCCUCGGCGAUUCGUUCGGCCGCGUCGAAGCGAAUAUCGCGAAUACAUCGGCGCGCCCUUCACCCUCAGAGAAAAUCACUACUGCCAGCCGUGCCGUUGACGUCGAAAAGUGUUGCGUUACGUUAAGUAAUAUACGCCUAUAUAUACAUACAUACAUACAUACAUAUAUAUAAAUAUGUGUAUAUUAAAAGGAGCUUGUAACGAGAAUAAAAGAGACAAGAGCAAUUGGUGUUCUUGGUUGCGACGGUUAAUUGCACGGGAUUCGGCCGCUUCUUCGUGCUCGCGGAAGGCGGAAUAAGGAGAGUCACGCGUGAGAAUCGCGCGAUACGUUCCUCCCGGUGAAUGCGUUACGUGGCGACGUGGUAGCGGAUUCCAACACGUGCCUCUCCAAAUUCUAUUUAACGUUUGCGUUCUUGUUGAGCUUCUCCACUAAACGGAAACUGCAGAAGGGAUAAUUAUCGCAUUAUAUUAUAUAUAUAUAUUUGAGACUGUGUGAGAAUAAUGCAUUGUUGUCGAAGCGUCUGCGGAGGGAAUUGCAUGCUGCAUGUGUGUCGUGGUUGUUGAGGUUUCGAAGCUUCCUCACAUUUGGGAUGUAGAAUAUAAGUCUGGUGGAAUAUGACUCUUAUCUUCUUCUCCACUCGAUAGCUAAUUUCUUCCUGCAUGAAACUUCCGUCCAUCGCACGAUCGAAGGUAAAGUCUUCCUCGCGUUGGGUCCAGAGAGAGAGAGAGAGAGAGAGAGAGAGAGAAUAGAAAUGCAUUUUGCUCUUAUAUAUUAUCUGUUUUAUUUUCACAUAUACUAAUUAUACUGAUAAUUAUACUGACACAAUAGAGAAAAGUAAUUCUAGCACUGGUUUAACCGCU